AAGCCCGCCGCCAUCGUCGCCAUCCAAUUGGAGCCAAUCGUCGCCGCCCAGCCGGUCGCGCAAGCCAGAGCCGCCGUCGCUCGCCGCCGGAAGCCCGCCGCCAUCGUCGCCGUCCAAUUGGAGCCGCCGUCGCCUUCCCCAGCCGGUCGCGCAAGCCAGACCGCCGUCGCCCGUCGCUGGAAGCCAGAGCGCCGCCGCUGCUUCCUUCGCCUCCAGCCGCCGUCGCUCACCGCCGUGAGCCAGCGCCGGUCGCUCAUCGCCGCCGCCGAGUUGCAGCGCCGCCGCUGCUUCCUUCGCCGGUAGCCGCCGCUCAGCGUCCCUGAGCCUCGAGCCGCCGUCGCCCUUUGCACAGCGGCCAUCCGCCGCCAGUCGCUGCCCAGCGCCACUGUCGCCGGCGUCCGUCACCGUCGCCGCAUCCGGCCGCUGCCCCGAGUUGAUAUCGCCGGCAGAUUAACCCCCACGCCGGAUUGAUUGGUCAAUUUCGUAUUUUGACUCGAUUUGACCCGUUCGGUUGAUUUCGUUGAUUUGUCUUCCGUUCGAGCUAUCGAUUCGAUUUCGACGUAAUCCAGGUCCGUACUAUGAAGUUAAUAGCAUUCAGAAUAGAUUUAAUGGUUUGGAUCGUUAUAUGUGUUUAUGCUAUAAUUUGGCUAAAUUGGUUAAUUGAAUUA